AUGUUCACCAGGUUCUGUCGCGGACUCUGCUCCAGAUCGGCAGGGUUGUGGUACUUCUUUUCGAAAUUCUCCUGGAUCUUGACAAUCUCCAUCACGUCAUUGUCGUUGAGAUCUUUCAAAAGACCCAGAAACUGUUUCACUUCCAGCUCCUUGUCCAGGUCGAAACUCGUCGGCAGCUCGCCAGGCUUGCCCUGUAGGUCUAUCGUCGCGAGGCCCAAUCUUAGCGGCUCCAGAUUCAAAGCGGAAGUCUUUCUAACCAACGUUCCAGGUAAUAUGGAGACCGAUGGUUUUUUCGUCAGUUUGGCCUUCACGUCAGGCUCCGAGUAUCUUCUCACGGACCGCGUCACCAUUUCGGUCGAUCCCGACGUGUUUAGAUCCACGUUCUUCAGAGCGCUCGGUCUCUGGUUUAACCGCGGUCUUUCCAAAUGGAAGUACGGCUGUCUUCCGAAUUUGUCUAUGUAUGGCUGA